GAGGUUCUUACGUUCAGCUGUUUGCUUUUCUUUAAAGAUUUUACUACUCUUCAACUUUCUUGAUUACUAUACUUCGAAAAAGAAGUUCUGUUCUCAAUAUAAAAAAUCUUCAAAGUGUUUAGUCGAGCAAAAGCCUAUUCAAUAUGACUAAAGUCCUUGCCUCCGAAGAUAUCGUCUCUCCAGAAUCUACCAACCAGUUCCCAAGAUCUUCCUCGGAUGUCCCAUCUCACUCUAUAGAUAUUGAGAAGAACUCCCACCUCCAAGAUCCAUCUGAACCUCAAAAUGGUUUCCAGACAGAUCACCAAAAGACUUCCCUUUUUAAAAGUUUGGGAUGGCUUGAUCGGCUCCUAGCUUUAUGGAUCUUCCUCGCUAUGGCCAUUGGUAUCUUGCUGGGAAACUUUGUGCCUAAUGUCGGGACUGCAUUGCAAAAGGGAGAGUUUGUGGGUGUUAGUGUGCCGAUUGCUGUGUGUUUGUUGGCAAUGAUGUAUCCCAUUCUUUGCAAGGUCAAAUUCGAAACCCUGCAUCUUGUCUUUCAGAAGAAGGAUAUUUGGGUUCAGAUCGGAUUUAGUUUGGUCGUUAAUUGGAUUGUUGCACCGUUGUUGAUGUUGGCUCUAGCAUGGGCCUUCCUCCCCGACAAAGAAGAGCUUCGAUCCGGUCUGAUACUUGUGGGAAUAGCUCGCUGUAUUGCCAUGGUGUUAAUAUGGACCGGCCUAGCCGGCGGCUCAACUUCCUACUGCGCUAUCCUCGUGGCCAUAAACAGUCUAUUGCAAAUGGUUCUCUUCGCUCCCCUCUCCGUGCUUUUCAUCUCCGUCAUAUCCGGCGCCGAAGGUCCUGCCGAAUUCUCCUACUCAACCAUCGCCUCCAGCGUAGCAGUCUUCCUCGGAAUUCCUCUCGCAGCCGCUAUCCUCACACGUUUUCUCCUCCGCCGCCUCACAUCUCCCUCCUGGUACGACACUGUAUUCCUCAAAUACCUCUCGCCCCUCUCUCUGCUAGGUCUCCUAGCCACUAUCUUGAUCCUUUUCGCAAGUCAGGGUCAACAUGUUAUCCAGCAGAUCGUUUCGGUCGUACGAGUUGCAGCUCCUCUAGUCGUCUAUUUUGCGAUUAUCUUCUUCUUGACUUUAUUUGUGUGUGCCAGAAUGGGUUUCGGAUACAAGGUUGCCACGACGCAGAGUUUCACAGCGGCAAGCAAUAAUUUCGAGUUGGCCAUUGCUGUGGCGGUUGCGACAUAUGGUGCGGAUAGUGAACAGGCGUUGGCUGCUACGGUUGGUCCGUUGAUUGAGGUGCCAGUAUUGCUGGGGUUGGUAUAUGUGGUAAGGUGGAUUGGAGAGAGAAGGGGAUGGAAAGAUUAGAGUCUGGGGUGGAGUAGACGUUGGAUGUACGCGUAGAGAAUCCAAUUAAGAACAUCACUUGCAUUAUUUGGUGGGUUCAGGGGUUUAUAAGAGACGUAUUAGAAGGAUUGUAUACCGGACCUCAAACCUUCCAAAGAAUAAUUCAUAAUUCAUGAUCAAACUAUAGAUGUAAUCCUGCAUAUAUAGCUCCUGGUAAUUCUCAAGCAUUGGGGAUACUAGCCA